GCCCUCUUCAAGAAUAUCAAAUGUCACUUCGACCCGAGUUGGGCCCAUAAGUUAUGGGGUGCACAGUCUUGAUAGCAACAUUCGCCAAGUUUUGAUGGACGAAGAGAUCGUAUACUCGGCCAGCAUCCAGGAUCAACUCAUAUUGACCAUGCUCAUCAAGCUUGCUGGUAGGGGACAGACGCUAGUUGAUCGUGGUGCAGUCUCUGCCACAAUCCAUUGCAUGCCUCGCAAGAGCUUGAAAUCCGACCUAGAAUACACGACCGUCAGCUUCUUCAGGGAGGACGAUAGCUUUAUCACAAAGGUUCAUGUAUUGCCAGAUGCACGUAUUUUCAGAGAUGAGGAUGAAUUAUCCUCGGACGUGAAAUUGCCGAAGGAAUAAAGGUUAACUACGAUGAGAGGUGUUGCAUGUCGAAAGACUUGUCCUUGACGCUGAGGGGUUGUUUGAAGACAGGAUUCCAGGAAAAUGCCCAAAAAUCCAACACUUUAUAUCACGUCCAUAAAUUACACACCUGUUU